CAUCAGCAACCGCGAUUCAGUCUUUUGUGGCUUUCCAACCGUCCAACUCCCUGCCACUGAGUCAGUGUUCGGCGAUCAGUCGAGUGAGGCACUUUGUAAUUUUCUCUGCACCUGUUCCCAUUGAGAUCACCUACGGUGUUGCUCCACUGCGAUCCUCUUUGCGCGCUCCUUCCCUAUUCAUUCUGGGCAAGAUGAGUCACUGUGCUGUGUGGCCCGUGAAGGAAUUCCGGUGGUGAAAAAUCGUUGGGCAUCAGGAAAGAUGGUACCAGUGGAAUAUGUGUUUGUGUCAUCGUGAAUAAAAGAGAAAAGUGCAUUUGGAUUUACUAUUUUUUUUUUUUGGGAGAUAGGAGGAGUGAGAAAUAUUUUAUUUAUGGCAAAUUUGUGCCCAUUUUUGGUGAAUUCAUCGUGCCACUUUCGACAGUCUUUUUCUUUCUAUACUUUACCUUUCGGCCUGUGUUAAUUGAUAUUGAAAAUUAAUACCGCGAAAGAAAGAGUGAGAGACAAUAAAUUUUCAAGUUGAACCGUCGAGACUUUCUGUUAAAAUUUUUUUUUGUCGUCUUAACACCGCGGCCUCUCACUGGUGGGACUUUCAAUUGAAGCUGGUGGACCAGGAAAAAAUAAGACAGCAAACCGCGGAAAAACCACAAAGGUACCACUUGAAAAUUGAAUUUAAUGGAUGCUGUGUGAUCAGAAUGGACACAAAGUUGGAUACUGCACGAUCAAAGCCCAUUCUCAGUCCCACUCGAUCACUGGACGAAGGAUUCGAGAGUGACCCUGAUCGCAUUUCGACCGAUUCCGAACUUCAGGCAUCCACACCGGCCUUUGAUAUCUUGCAACGCACCGACCGUGAUGGAGUAACUCACACGCAAAUUGCACGACGCAAUAUCGAUUACAGUCAGCCGGCCAGUAUCAUUUGUCUCCAGGGUGAAAUUGAAACUGAAGUGAGAUCUUCAGCAACACCCACUGCACCGUCAUCUACCCAGACGGCAAUAUCUACCGGAAGUGCGCCUCAGAGUGGUGACAGUCUGGCCAUUCCUCGGGCAGGUCCUCCUCAGAAAGUUGAGCGUUUCCGACGCGCCAAGACACGAGCUCCCCUGCCACCGGGUACCAUAAACCCACGUUCACAUUCCGUGGAUGCUGUUAGAACACCUCGGGAGCUCGUACCAGUCAAUAUGGAUAUGGCACUGGUUGAAAGAAGUGCAGGAGAUGUGUUGGCGGGCAAAUUCGUGAGGGUUCAGGUUGAUCCAAGCCGGAACUACCAGCACCACAGACACCUGAAACCCUCCAGCAGUAUGUUCUCGCUCUUCCCGCCUGGUGUAACGAGCACCAACUCCCUGAGGGAGCUCCAGCUUUGGCAGCAGCCCAGUCAUCGCCAGCAAUUCACCACAAUGAAACCAAAUACUAAGGCACAUCCAGUUCCAGUCUGCUGGACACAGUCAAUUCCCAGGCAAACCAGACGGUAUAUAACGCCAUCAUCGUUGCCACAAGUAACACAUUCAACAAAUAAAUCAUCUGGAUUGUCGCAAAAAUUGCGUGAGUUCGCAGCAUCGGCAGGAUUAAUGUCAUCGAAGCCACGAGCUCCCUUGAAGCCUGUGAUCAAAACCAGGGGAAACUCAUCUGCGGGUCCUGAAUUCCCCAAGAAAGUCACCUUUAGUGCAUUUGCCACAGUUCAAGUUGUGUAAGGAGGAUGCCUAUUGCAUGUGAGAUGCUAGUGUUAUACAUUUUUUUUUUUUGAUCGAAAUGAAAUUGGGGACAUUCUCUAAACAAAAUUAUAAUUUCAACAUACAUAUUAGUAAUAUUAAUUGUACGUUAAUUAACGAAAAGCGACGAAGAUGGUGUAUAAAAAAAGACAAAAAUGGACUGGUUGAAGUUAUAAAAUAGUGUUAGAGAGAUGAGGAAAACUAUGUAAAAUGUAUUAUAUAAAUAUGAAAUUGUAUAUUACAAAUAUAGUGAUGAAAGAGAGAGAGAGAAAAGA